AUGAAAGAGGAAAGCAUGUGCCCGGACUCCCCCGAAGGCAGCCUGGUCACCAGCGAGGAGGAAGGCGAGCGGCUGCACAAGAAAUGCCUCCGCAAGCGUGGCCAGGGGGGCAAGCCGGCGGAGGACUGUGGUGCCCCCUCGCCGCAGGGCAAGCGGAGCAAGCGCAGCCCCGUCCCGCAAUCCUUCGAGGACGUGCACACGCAGCGCGUGAUCGCCAACGUGCGGGAACGCCAGCGGACCCAGUCGCUC